GUACGUCCAGAGAGCCGUAAGUAAACCGUAAACCGGAGUGACAGUCUUCAACGCCACCCAUUUCUUCCCCAGCCUCCAUUUCCUCCGGAUUGGUGGGCUUGGGUUCACUUUCCCGCACUAAAAAAAAUCCGGGCGCGACAGAGAAAGAAUUGGAGCGGAGCAGCCAGUGGGAAAAUUGGAGUUCCAGAGAUCGAGAUCGCAAGGCACAAAAAGGAGACGAACCGAGAGGGGAGGGAGGGGAUUAGGCGCCGGCGGCGAUGUCGUCGUCGUGGAACUCGGUGGGGCUGGAGGUGCUGUACCAGGUGCUGGGGUGGGUCGCCUUCUUGGCCUGGUCAUUCAGCUUCUACCCGCAGGUCCUCCUCAACUACAAGCGCAAGAGUGUCGUGGGCCUGAAUUUCGAUUUUCUGGUGUUGAACUUGACAAAGCACUCGUCCUACCUCAUAUACAACACGGCUCUAUUCUUUAGCCCAUUCAUCCAGAGACAGUAUCAUGACAAAUAUGGUGACAAAGAGAUGAUUCCUGUUGCUGCAAAUGAUGUUGCUUUUUCACUACAUGCGGUUGCAUUGACAGCUUUUACCAUAUUUCAAGUAUUCAUAUAUGAGCGAGGAACCCAGAAAGUCUCCAAAGUUUGCAUAUCAAUUUCUGCUACUGUCUGGACUGCCGCUAUUGUUUGCCUCAUUAUUGCUUGGUCAAAAAGUGACUGGCUUUGGCUUAUUGAUGUGUUCAAUUCAAUACAGGUUGGCAUGACAGCAAUCAAGUACAUUCCUCAGGCCAUCAUGAACUUCAGGCGGAAGAGUACAAUUGGUUGGAGCAUUGGAAAUAUUUUACUUGAUCUUAUAGGAGGGGUGCUAAACUUUGGUCAGAUGGGCGUGCAAUCUAUAGAUCAACAUACGCUAGUGAAUUUCUAUGGAAAUAUCGGGAAAACACUUCUUUCAUUGGAAGUUGUUUUCUUCGAUGUUAUAUUCAUAAUUCAGCACUACGUGUUGUACCCUGUCAAAAGAGAUGAGAAUGGUAAUACUAUCAUUUCUGAAAGGGUAGCUCCUCUUAUCAGGCCUUCAGACAAGUCUGAUGAAGAUAAUGUAUGAUAAAGCUGUAGUCAUAUUGCACAAUUUGCAUCACACACGCUGUGGGCACAAGCCACAACUACAUCAUUUCAGGGUCCUGGGAUUAUCUGUUCAAACAGAUUUCAUGUAUUGCCAACUAACUCUUGUAUAUAUUUGCUUAUGGAUUACCGUGAUACCUGUAAAAGUUCGACAGACAUUGUUGUCUUUAUCUUGCAACAUUUACGUUAUAUGUAAAUGUUUGAUUACUUGCACAGGUAUUUUAUAUGGGAAUUGGCUAGGAA